AUGCUAGUGAGUAAAGGUAAGGAGUUCUUUCAUCAAUCGAUUCACGACAACGUCCGGCGGGCUGCUGCUAGGGACGGUGUGGAAUUGUUCGCCUUGGAUAAGCGCCAAAGCGCACCACACGGCACAACCGAAAAGACGGCUUCGCAGCUCAACGAUCCAGGUGCAGAGUGCGCACCGUACAGUCUGCCCAUCAUCAAUCAAAUAACGAACCAAUUCCCCGCCGUUUGGGAACUAGCCGACAUCUUACCAGGCGACAUCGAAGCAUUGCACUUGCUACAGACCAUCAAGGCUUCUGGUGUGAUUCCUUGCGGCAUUGGCGUUCGCGGUACUCAACCCGCCUCGCUGAGUGGUGCCAACCUGGAUGGUGAUUACAACCUGGCUCAAGACCCCGACUGCUGGUGGACAGACAAUGGCUGCACUGAGCCCAAGCAUGCUGGCCUUUUGCCUGACAUCAUCACAUGCAAUGAGCCGUACACGUGGGGCUAUACAUUCGAUGACGGUCCCAACUGCACUCACAACGCACUUUACGACAUGUGGGCUGCCAAUAACCAAAAGGCUUCCUUGAUGUAUAUUGGUUCCAAUGUCAUGGACUGGCCCUUGGAAGCGCAGCGCGGCAUUGUGGAUGAGCACCACAUCUGCGUCCACACCUGGUCUCACCGCUAUAUGAAGGCGUUGACCAACUCCCAAGCCUUUGCAGAGUUGUGGUACACCAUCAAAACGAUUAAGUACGUUAUGGGUGUCACGCGCACCUGCUGGCGUCCUCCUUACGGUGACAUUGACGAUCGUAUCCGUGGUAUCGCACAAGGACUCGGCUUGCGCACCAUUAUGUGGAACGUUGACACCAACGACUGGAACAUUGCGCCACCUAUUCGAGCAUUAUUUCGAUGGCCACAGCGUGGAAUUAUUGUGCUCGAGCACGAAUUGGAGCAGUCAGCCAUGAACAUGAGCAUCGAGCAGUAUCCUGCAGUCAAGGCGGCCUGGAAACAUGUGGUUCCUCUGACCGCCUGCCUGAACAUCACCCGGCCUUAUCCUGAGGACAUUUUCUAUCCCAACUUUUCCGAAUACAUCCAGGGUAACGUUGUUGCCUCCGGUUUACCGGAUGCUUCUAUGGGCAUCAGCUCGACGGCACAGGUCUCCGCUCAAGGCACACUCAGCGGUAUGGGCGGUUCCUUUGCUACUGCCAGCGAUGGCUCUGGGAACCGUCAAGCCUCCCCCGUGCACACCGCUCCCCCUACCGGUAGCAGCACUAAGCCUGCUUUUCCCACCACAAUCAGCAAGCAGCAGAGCCACAAGUCUAGUGGCGCGUGCGGGACGUCAUCCAUCUCGGUUUUUCCACUCGUGCUUGUAGCUGUUGCCACCGUGAUGGGUAGCUUGCUUGCUUGCUUUUAG